UCAUCAUCCAUUUGUUAGUUUGUACAUCAACAUUGUACACGACAGGCGAUUCACACAUCGUAUGUGCAUUGUACAACCAUACACUCAAAAUCAUGAUGAUGAUGAAGAACGACCGCCUAUAAAAGUUUUGCCAUAAGAAGAAGCAAUUGUGCUUUCACAGUCUCGCCAAUUCGAUGUGGAGGAGAAAUUCUGUUGCUGUUGGGAUAACGAACACAUAAAAUAUUUACAAAAUGUCCAUGUGCACGAGCUCACAUCAAGAAGUAUUGACUGAUAACGGUGGAAGGGCGUCACAGCAAGUGUCAGCGCUUCAGAAGAUUGGAAAUUGUUGUUUCCCGCCAGCGAAUCAAACACAGCAAAUUUAUCGAUAUAAUUUCUAUUUGUGCCAAUGGCAAAAUGAUCACGACGUCAGUAUUUUGUAUUUGAUAUACCGUUGGUUUGCCGCGAUAUGGUUCUUGGCCGUACUGAGUUGCUCGCUGCUGGACAUCGGUCGUGCUGAUGAGCCUCGAUUUGAAAAUCACUAUGCCAAAUGGUGGAUUGACUUGACCAAUUGGGGCUUAGUCGUGUGUUCCGCACAAGCAUGGCUGGGCGCUAUGAUUGUGACUCAAGGACUAAUGGUCGACCGCGACGAUUUCGGCAUGCAACGCAAAGUUAAAAAGGGUUGGCUACGACAUUGCUACUGGAUCCUGAACACAAUUGCCACUGUUUAUUCUUUUAUUAUAACCAUCUUUUUUUGGACAGUGCUGCAUGACCCAGAGAGGGACAAAAUCGAUGCAAUAAAUUUGAUGGUGUACGUCUUUAAUUCGGUAAUUAUGCUUAUCGAUCUAAUGACAGUAACACAUCCGAUCAAUCUCAAUCAUACUUAUUGGACUAUGAGUAUUGGCGUAAUUUACACUCUAUUCUCCGUUGUUUACUUUAUUGCUGGCGGAACCGACCGGACGAAAUCGAAAUCAAUCUAUCGUUAUCUGGAUUGGCGAAAACCGGGGAAGGCGAUAGUCGUUAGUUUGGGUUGUAUAUUCAGUGUAUUUGUCGUGCAUGUGCUGGUCUACUGUUUGUAUCGUUUUCGAGUGGGCAUUUUCCGGAAGUUUUGCAUGCGUCAACGCACAUUCCACCAGUAUGCACGCAAUGAUGAUCAAAUCAUCAUACAAAACAAUAGAACAACAAAAAUCGCCCGAACGCCUUCAUCUUAUGAUGAAUCGAAAUCCGAUCAAUUUUACAAUCCAUCAACAGUCGUUGAGCUUAAGUAAAAACCAAACAAAAAAA